AUGCAAGCAUUCAGGGAUGUGGUGGAUGAGCUUGGUUUCAUUGAUCUUGGUUUCUCUAGUAGGAAAUUCACUUGGCGAGGUAAAAGGGGUGAGUCAAUGAUUUUAGAGAGGCUGGAUAGUUCCUUCGCUACUCCCUCAUGGCUGGAGCUUUUCCCAGCAACAAGGGUUCAACAUUUACACUCCAAUGCUUUCGACCAUAACCCCAUAAUCAUCAAACCCGAAGGCAUAGUGCAUUGUAAAAAUAAACCAUUUCGCUUUGAGAGCAUGUGGAUGAAGGAAGUUGGGUGUAGGAACACAAUAGUUGAUGCAUGGGGUUUCCCAUCAUAUGAGAGCAACAUGUUUCUGGCUUCCUCAAAAAUCAAGCACUGUGGGGUGAAAUUGGUGGAAUGGAGUCGGCUUUCUUUUAGGAGCAUAAAAAGACAAAUAGUAGAGACUUCAAAAAAGCUGGUGUUAACUGAGGAGGCAGCAGCUAGGGGAGCCUCAGGGCGAACCCUUUACAUGCAAUCAGGUGACAGCAACACCCGUUACUUUCACAGUAGAACUUCACAAAGAUAUAAGAGAAAUUGGAUUCACGGACUGUGGAAUAACCAAAACACUUGGUGCACAUCUGAGCACCAACUUCAGGAGAUUGCUACAUCCUUUUAUAAGGAACUCUUCACCACUAGCAGUCCUAAGGAGAGCCAUCUAAUUUUUGAGUUGAUACUGCCAGUGGUUACGGAGGAUAUGAACAGAGAUUUAAUCCGCUGCUUUACAAGAGAAGAGGUGGAACCAGCUCUCAAAUCUAUGGAACCGCUCUCGGCCCCUGGUCCGGACAUUUUAGCUAAUAAACUCCAGGGGAUACUCCCUGAUAUAAUCUCAGAAAAUCAAAGUGCUUUCCAGGCUGGGAGGCUCAUAACAGAUAAUAUUUUGAUGGCUUUUGAAACUCUCCAUUACAUGAAGCACCAAUCUGGAAAAGUAGGGUUUAUGGUUCUUAAACUAGACAUGAGCAAAGCUUAUGAUAGGGUGGAAUGCAAAGCUACCUCUUCGGAUACUCAGGAAAGCAUCAUUAAUUUGCUUGGGGCUCCUGAUAUAAAACAGUAUGAGAAAUACUUGGGUCUUCCCUCUUUUAUGGGAAGGGGAAAAAAGGCGAGUUUUGCUUUCAUCAAAGAGAGAGUUUGGUCAAAAUUGAAGGGUUGGAAGGAAAAACUACUUUCCCAGGCUAGAAGAGAAGUCCUUAUUAAAGCAGUAAUCCAAGCCCUCGUGUCCUUUGCUAUGAGCUACUUUAAAUUACCUACCUCUCUUUAUCAUGAUAUUGAGGUAAUGAUUCGUAAGUUCUGGUGGGGCCAAAUAGGUAGCCGUCGAAAAGUACAUUGGGUGAAGUGGCACACAAUGUAUUGGUCUAAACUGGAAGGUGGCAUGGGAUUUAGAGAGCUACAAAAGUUCAAUGAUGCUUUACUGGCGAAGCAAGUUUGGUGGCUAUCCACUAAUUAA